CUCCGCUCCAGACUCAGACCUGAGCCGCUCCUGAACUCCUGUGACCGGGCGGAAGUGAACCGGAUCCCGUGUUUAUCCCAGGCAGUGUGUGCUGUUGUUCUCUUAGCGAGAGUCGCCUGACGUUAAUCGCAGUUUUGCUUUUGACAAGAUGGGACGCCGAAAGUCCAAGAGAAAGCCUCCUCCUAAGAAAAAGAUGACGGGAAACCUGGACACCCAGUUUACCUGCCCCUUCUGUAACCACGAGAAAUCAUGCGACGUUAAGAUGGAAAGGAGUCGAAACACGGGGAUAAUAUCAUGUACUGUGUGUCUAGAAGAAUUCCAGACACCAAUUACCUAUCUCUCAGAGCCCGUGGACGUGUACAGCGAUUGGAUAGACGCUUGUGAAGCAGCCAAUCAGUAGUUUCGCUGGGUCAAAUGUCACAGACGACCAAAUUAUGCUUUAUGUUUGUUUGUUGUUUGUU